AACCACUCAACGUGCAUCGUGAACGUAUCCAAGCCAUCUUUGGUUGAGCACUGUACACCGUUGUAGCCCUCUUCUUCUAUCCUUUCACCCCGCUGUAUGCGACUUGCUCCACCACCAUGAAGUUCUCAACUGCCCUCCUCCCCAUACUAGCCGCCCCCCUAGCUUUAGGGGAGCACACUUCCAACUGGGCGGUCCUCGUCUCAACCUCACGCUUUUGGUUCAACUACCGCCAUCUCGCGAACGUACUCUCCUUAUACCGUACCGUCAAGCGUCUUGGAAUCCCAGACUCGCAGAUCAUCCUCAUGCUGCCUGAUGACAUGGCCUGCAACCCGCGCAACGCCUUCCCUGGUACCGUCUACAACAAUGCGGACCGCGCGCUAGACCUCUAUGGUGACAAUAUCGAGGUAGACUACCGUGGUUAUGAAGUCACGGUGGAGAACUUCAUCCGCCUGAUGACGGACCGCGUGGGCGAGGACAUGCCAAGGAGCAAGCGGCUGAUGACAGAUGAGCGAAGUAACAUCUUGGUGUAUAUGACAGGCCAUGGGGGAAACGAGUUUCUCAAAUUCCAGGAUGCUGAGGAGAUUAGUGCGUUUGAUCUCGCCGAUGCGUUUGGGCAGAUGUGGGAGAAGAAACGCUACCACGAACUCCUUUUCAUGAUCGACACUUGCCAGGCAAACACCAUGUACUCGAAAUUUUACUCCCCGAACAUCCUCGCCACCGGCUCCUCCGAAAUCGACCAAUCCUCUUACUCCCACCACGCCGACUCCGACGUCGGCGUCGCAGUCAUCGACCGCUACACAUAUUACAAUCUCGAGUUCCUCGAAUCCAAAAUCAGCGACCCCACAUCCAAGCUGACCAUGGGCGACCUAUUCGAUUCGUACGACGAGGAGAAAAUCCACAGUCAUCCGGGUGUGCGGUACGAUCUGUUCGAGGGUGGGGAACACGCCGCGAGAAGUAGGCUGGUUAUGGACUUUUUCGGCAAUGUGCAGAAUGUGGAGGUUGAAGGAGAAAGGAAAAACCAGACGCUCUGGGAGGAAGAAUUAGGUGCCAUCGAAAAGAUGAUCACAGAGGCGAAGAGACGGCAUAAUGAAAGUUUGUACACAAGGCCUCAGCCUCAGCAUGUUGUUGAAGAGGCGGCACCUGUGAAAAGUCUGAAAAGAGAGGGUGCUGUGAGAGUGGACGAGGAGCAGGGGUGGACAAAGCAGGUGGUUGGAGCCGCAGCGUUGUUCGGAUGUGCUGGGAUUUGGUUGGCGGGGAGUUUGCUUGAGUCAUUGUGAAUGGAACCCUGGAGCGCAAAGGUAGUCCAGUGUACGCGAUAUGAAACGGAGUUUAGGCAGUAGUUUUGAGAUACCCCAAUCACCUUGUUGACUUUUUUGUAAA